GCCGCCGGCGCCGACCGCUUCGGCCAAAAAUGGGCGACGACUCCCGGGAGCGGAAGACGCUCCGCGACCCCUCGUCGAGCUGGAUUGAGCGCAUGCGCGAGACGCCGAACCUGUCCCGCAACUCGGUGCUCAUCGAGCCGCUCGAGGGCGGCCCGCCGCCGCCGCCGCCGGGCAAGGGCAAGGGCAAGGGCAAGGGCGCGUUCUCGCCGCGGGACUACGGCCGCGGCGGCGGCGGCGACUACCGCGACCGCGACCGCGACCGCGACCGCAGCCCGCGCGGCUACUCGGACCGCGACCGCGGCGGCGGCCGCGGCGGCUACGGCGGCGGCCGCGGCGGCGGCCGCGGCGGCCCCGGGCGCGACGGCGACUGGCCGUGCCCGAACUGCUCGAACGUGAACUUCGCGCGGCGCGACGAGUGCAACCGCUGCGGCGAGUGCAAGCCCAUGUCCGCGGGCGGCAAGGGCGGCGGCGACCACCGCGACCGGGGCCAGGGCGGCAAGGGCCGGCGGCCGGAGCCCGGCGACUGGAACUGCGCGGCCUGCGGGAACCUGAACUGGAAGAAGCGGCUCAUGUGCAACAAGUGCGGCGUCUCCAAGCCCGACGGCGCGGGCGGCGACCGCGAGGGCCGCGCGGGCGGCUACAACGAGCGGCAAAGUGACCGCGACUACGCGAAGCCCCAGGUCGAGGAGGACGGGUUCGGCCGCAAGAAGAAGUCGAAGAAGGACCGGGCGACGCGCGAGGCGGAGGCGCUCGCGCGCCUCGAGGCCGGCGAGUCCGGCGAGUCCGGCGGCGCGAAGCGGAGGCGCUACGGCGAGCUCUAGGCGGCUGUUUUAGUGUGUGUGCGG